GUAGACCUUCAGCUGGGUUCAGCCAUAUUGUUAUCACCGCUUGCUCGUUAUUUGAGAGCACAAGAAGGUGCCGAUCGCUGGUGUACGAAAUUAAUCGUUUUAUAUUCAACGAGUCACUUGACAAUUGUUUUUAAAUACCGAAAUGUCACUCAUCCAGAGCUUCAUUUCACGUUUUGUGCCUAUUGUCAAGGCAGAUGAUGAGGAGUUGGUUGAUCCUCAAAAGGUUCUUCGUGAGGAAUGCGCACAGAAACCAAACUGCGUAAGUCUUCAGGAGAGACUGACCACAUGUAAUGAUCGUGUCAAUUCAAGAACAAAUACUGCAGAAACCUGCCUCGAGGAGAUAAUAGAUUACGUCAGCUGCGUAGAUCAUUGUGCUUCAAAGACCCUCUUCAGCAAGCUCAAGUAAAUGUGCAGAUUCACCAGAAUGGGAAAAUAUAUCUGUCCCGACGAUCAUUGAAUGAAAUCUAUCAUAGUUAUACUUGUCAUGUACAUAAAAUUGAAGUUAGUAAUAGAGGAAAAAGGAAAUUAACUGUGAUUGGAAAUUAUUCAUUAAAGGCACCAUUUUUUUUAA